AUGGCCAUUAAAUGUGUUACUGUACAGGGAUGGGAAGAGCGCAUUGCCGCACUGGAAGGAAUCAUUCAUAGGCAGGAUGAAGAACUUCGUCAGCUGAGACGUCAACCGGAGCCGCCAGUCCAAAUAAGGCAAGAUGCAGAAAAUAGAGACCCACCAGCUGCAGUGGUAUAUCCUGCUACAGAGGCUAGACAUGAGUUGUUAGCAGAGAGAUUUCGGAAACAACACCCACCUGAGUUUGAGGGAGGCAUAGACCCGGUAGUGGCUGAGGAGUGGAUAAGUUGCAUAGAAAGCAUUUUGCAGAUGCUAAGGGUGGAUGGGAAUGACCGAGUGAAGUGUGCAUCUUACAUGCUGAGGAAAGAUGCUCUUCUAGCAGCAAAGGUCGAUGAAUUUACUGGGUUAGUCCAAGGGAGUCUUACUGUGACUGAGUAUGCACAAAAAUUUGAUAGAUUGGCGAAAUUUGCUCCAGAUCUGGUACCUACUGAUAGAGUGCGAGCACAUCGAUUUGUGGAAGGCACCGAAACCAAUGGUUGCUCGAGAUGUGGAAAUUGUGUCAAGGGGUCAAUCGGCUAUGCUCAAGUUGUCGAAAUGGCUCUUACGGCUGAGCGGAGUGAAAACAAAAUUUGGAAGGAAAAUGCUGCCAGGAGAGAAUCUAAGAAAGGUGGAGCCAAUUCUAAUGACCACAAGAAACGGGGACAGGACCAGUCCGGGCAGCCAAGUCAAGACAAGAGGUACAAAAGUGAUAACAACCAACGAUUUAAUGGCAGCAGUGGGCGAAACAUUCCAGAAUGCCCUAAAUGUACCAAACGUCAUCUCGGUGAGUGUCGCGCAAAAGCAUGCUACAAAAGUGGAAAAGAAGGACACAUCAAACGCAAUUGCCCACUGUGGGGACAGACUGGGAAUAGAGCAGAACCCAAGAAAGAUGACAAGUAUGUUCCAGCCAGAGUUUUUGCCAUCACUCAAGCAGAAGCUGAGGCCAGUCCUUCGGUUGUAUCAGGUCAGAUUCCUAUGGCCAACACCACUUGUAAAGUUUUGUUUGAUUCUGGUGCAACUCAUUCCUUUAUUGCUAGCACAAUUGUAAAUCAUAUAAAUGCACCGAGUGAAUUAUUUACUGUGGGGUUUGGGACCAUGUUACCAUCUGGGAAGGUUGUAAUCUCUAGAAGUUGGCUUAGGGAUUUAUUUGAUUUUGAUGUAAUCUUGGGCAUGGAUUUUCUUACCAAAUAUGGAGCAUCAAUUGACUGCAAGCAAAAGAAAGUUGUUUUCACACCAGAAGAUGGAGAGACUUUCGAGUUCAGGGGGGUAGGAAAGAAACCCCGCACUCCUAUUAUUUCGGCAAUGAAGGCUGGGCAACUAUUGCAGCGUGGGUGCUUAGGGAGUUACCCGGGUUACCACCACACGAGAGAAAUCGAAUUUGUGAUAGAAUUAGUGCCGGAACGACACCGGUUUCCCGCGCACCAUAUAGGAUGGCACCAUCGGAAUUGA